AUGGCAAACGAUACUCUUCUUUUUUUUUCCAUGUUUGAAAACAUGGGCUACUUUCGAUACAUUUAUUUCAUUUUAGGAUCUCUGCUAUAUGGUACUAUUUUAUUCUUUAAUGCCAUUAUAAUUUUUGUAAUAAUUGUGGAAUCUGGAUUGCACCAGCCUAUGUACAUUUUGAUAGCGUGUUUAUCAGUUAAUUCUCUGUACGGCACUGCUGGCUUCUUUCCAAGAUUACUAACUGAUUUGUUAUUAUAUUCUCACUCAAUCACUCGUUCUGGAUGUCAUAUACAAACAUUUGUCAUCUAUACCUAUGCAUCAUAUGAAUUUACAAUCUUAACAUUAAUGGCAUAUGACAGAUAUGUUGCUAUAAGUAAGCCAUUGCAAUACCACAGCAUCAUGACACCCAAAGUGCUUUUUGUUAUGGUAGCAGUUUCUGUGAUUUAUCCAAUGCUUUCUGUUGGUCUUGGGAUAAUUGUCACUGCUAGGCUAAGAUUAUGUGGUAAUGACUUAAAAAAACUGUAUUGUAAUAACUGGAUAAUUGCAAAGCUCUCUUGUGAAAAUGCUGCUUUCGAAAACAUUUAUGGUUUCAUUGUGCUAGUAACGACAGUUUUAAUACCAUUUAGUUUUAUUUUGUAUUCUUAUAUUAAAAUUCUUAUGAUUUGUCAGAAAUCUUCAAAAGAGUUAAAGAGCAAAGCUUAUCAUACUUGCCUUCCUCAUUUAGUGAGUUUUGUUAACUACUCAAUUACCAUCUUCUGUGAAAUGAGCUUUACCCGUUUUGAAAAUUUACCUCCAGUAAUAGCUAUCAUUCUGUCAUUAGAGUUUUUGAUUAUACCCCCUGUCCUAAACCCUGUUGUUUAUGGUCUUAAUUUUCCUGAUAUUCGCAGAAAAAUUCAACAUCAUUUAAAAGUAUCAAAAAAAUUAGCUGCUUCUCAACAUGGAAGCUAA